AUGCUAAAAAAAGUACCAAUUUUUAAAGAAAUAUUAAAUGAAUAAGUUUUCAGUGAAUUAGCUCUAUAAAUGAAAGAAUGGAUUUUAUGCCCUGAUUAAAUAAUCAUUAAUUAAUAAGAGGAAGAAAAUGAAACUUUUAUUUAUUUUGUUAAUGAUGGAUCUAUUUUAGAGUAUUGUUAAUAAGAUUCGAAAACUAAAAUAAAGGAGAUUUAAGUAAAAUCUUUUUUUAAGUUAGGUCUUUUUCUAUUUAAAUUAUAUUUAUUUUAAAAAAAGAAAUUCAGAUAUGGACAACAUUUUGGAUUAGUUAAAUUCAUAUUUGGAGAUCAAAAUAGUACAAUUAAAUAUAAAAGUGUGGGUGUUUCUUCUAUUUUAUAACUAAGUUACUCUAAUUUUAUGGAAAUAUUAAAAAAAUAUGAUAUAGAGUAUUAAAAAUUUUGUUAUGCUAGAGAUGAAGUUAGAUUUCAAAGCAAAUUUUAAAAAGUUUAUGCUUACUGCUACUCUUGUUUAUAAAAAAAUCAUACUAUUGAACAAUGUCCUUAUCUAUUCUACGAAGGUAAGAAAUCACAGAUAUUGAGGAAAUAUUUAUAAGAAUGCGAUACAAAAAUUAAAAAUUAUUAGCGAAAUAAAAAUGAAAAAACAUUAAACGCAGUAAUAAAUUAGAUAAAAGUAUAAAAAUCUGCUGAUUAAUUUUACUUAUAAAAUAUUCAAUGUUUUUCUUUUUGGGAUUUAAGUGAAGAAUCUGAUUCUGAAGUUGACGAAGAAGAUGAAGAUCAAAGUGAAGAGGAUGAUGUGAGUUCAAUGGAAUUAAAGUAAUAAAAAGAUGGAACUUAAUUGUUAAUUGAGUAAAAAGUAGGUGAAUUGAAAAAAAAAGGAUCAAUAAUUGACGAUUAAUUGCAUUAAUUGUGUGAGAGAAAAUGUAGUUUUUUAAUUUAAAAAGAAUUUCAAAAUUAACUUGAUUAAGGAGAAAUAAAUUCUUGUAAUUCACUCAACAAACAAAAUAUAAUUAGUGGUAUUAUACCAAGUAAAUUAUUUUAUGAUUAAGAAAGCAUAAUUUUAGAAGAAAACUAAAAUAAUCAAGCAAACAAUAAAAAAAAUAAAAGCUAAAAAAAAUUAAAAUCUAGUGAGUAAAACCUAUCAAACGCUCAAGAUUACGAAUAACUAAAUAAUAUCAUAAGUUAAACAAAAAUAUAAACUUACUAAAAGUUAGAAAGAUGUUAAACAUAAUCUUCAUAGGCACAUAGAUAUGCUAGUUAGCCAAUCAUUAACCUCUAAAUUGCCCCAUUUAGAAUUGUUAAAAUUGCAUCUAGAUUGAUAACGAUAUAUAAAAACUAAAGUUUAGGAGACUAAUCAUAAUCUCUAACACAGUUUCCAUCUUAGCUUCAAGUAAAUGUCUGCAAAAAUUAGAAAGAAAACAAGCAUAAUGAAAGCAAAAGUGAGAUUUGUUACUUUUAGAGUGAAAAUUAAAAAAAUGGUAGCAUGGAUUAAUCUUUUAUGAAUAACUAAUAUACUACUUAAUAUAAAACUUUUGAGUAAAAUUUAAAUAUAACAAACUAUGAGAAUACUGAAAUGUGUAAUGAAAUAAGCAAAUUUAAUGAGUCAGUCUAUUCUUAAAAUAAGCGAAAUGUAGCAGCUGUUCAAUCUAUUUUUAAUCAAAAACAGAAUGUAGCAAGCGCCUUCCCUGUGAAUAGAAAAAACUAUCAACAUAAGACUAUUAAUUAUACAAGUGCAUUUAAUAUGAAAGAGGAAAAUAAAAUAGGAGUGAAACAAAGGGGAUUUAAAAAAAGAAAUAAUUUAUUAGAUAUAGAUAGACAUGCUCAAUAAGAGCUUAUCAAAGUGCUCUAUUUUUUAGACCAUAAUUUCUUAGAGAAAUACAAGUUCGACUUAUAAAUGAUGUUUCUAUUGGCCGCUUCUUUACUUACAGCAAUUUUAAGGGAAUAAUUUCAUUUAAAAAUUAUAGAAAAAUUUUAAAAUUCACUAUAAAAUACUUUGGAUUUAUCUUAAAAACUUAUGAUUAACUCAAAAUAUAUGUGA